CUGUGUAAUUGCAUUUGGAAGAGUCCAGGUGGACUUGCCAGAGGUGGUGACAUGAAAGCUGAGAGUUGGGACUUCCCUGGGUGGCGCAGUGGUUAAGACUCCACGCUCCCAAUGCAGGGGGCCUGGGUUCUAUCCCUGGUCCAGGAACUAGAUCCCACGUGCAUGCUGCAACUAAGGAGCCUGUGAGCCCCAACUAAGGAGACUGCCUGCUGCAACUAAGGAGCCCCCCGGUUGCAACUAAGACAUGACGCAACCAAAUUAAUUAAUUAAUUAUUUUAAAAAGCUGAGAGUGAAGGAUGAGUAGAAGUUUUCUGGUGAGAGGAUGGGAGGAAAGUUUACUAGAGCAACUGCUACCAUCAGGGGGUAUGAAUUAGAAAAAGGAAUGCACCGCCACAUCAGGGCUAACAGCUUAUUGACUGGAACAUGGGCUGAAUUUCAGCUCCCAACUUCCCACUGCAGCCAGGAACCCAUGUGCAGUAGACAACCUGCACAGCCCUGUGAGGCAGCAUUGGUUCAAGUAGAGAUAAUUACAGGAAGAAAAAAAGAAAGCAGAGCAAGGGCUCUUGGGAAGCACAGAGGGGUAAGGUCUCCGGUGAAGGAUGUGGACAUCAAGCCAGGUUAGCUCACCAAGAGCGGAGCUGGGAAGGGGCCUUCCCUGAAGGCUAAAGGGCACUCUCUGAAGCUGGGAAAGAAUGGGAACUGGUGCGGGGCGGGGAUGCCAGGGCCUCCAUCCAGGUGGCAAGAUAGACGGAUGUUUUCACAGGGCCCUCUGCUGUGGUCCUACCAGCGGGGCCUUACUCUGUAGGGUUCGGUUUGAAGCAGUCUCACUUGCCGUCACAUUGAAGAACAGCCCCAAGCAGGACAGACUCUUAGUGUCCCCAUCUGUAUAAGAACUGAGCCUCCAGAAGUUUACGGGACUUACUCAAAGCCACCCAGCUAGGAAGCAGGGGGGCUGGGAUUUGGACCCAGCAUGCUUAGCCACUACACCCUACUAACCUGUUUUCUUUUUCUUUUUUUUUUUUAAUUCGGGUAUAGUUGCUUUUCAAUGUUGUGUUAGUUUCUGCUGUACAGCAAAGUGAGUCAGCUAUAUGUAUACACAUAUCCCCUCUUUCUUGGAUUUCCUUCCCAUUUAGGUCACAGAGCAUUGAGGAGAGUUCCCUGUGCUAUACAGCAGGUUCUCAGUAGUUAAUCUAUUUUAUACAUAUUAGUGUAUAUAUGUCAGUCGCAAUCUUCCAAUUCAUCCCCACCCUUUUCCCCCUUGUGUCCAUACGUUUGUUCUCUACGUCUGGGUCUCCAUUUCUGCCUUGCAAACUGGUUCAUCUGUACCAUUUCUCUAGAUUCCACAUAUAUGCGUUAAUAUAUGAUCCUUGUUUUUCUCUUUCUGACUUACUUCACUCUGUAUGACAGUCUCGAGGUCCAUCCAUGUCUCUACAAAUGACUCAAUUUCAUUCCUUUUUAUGGCUGAGUAAUAGUCCAUUGUAUUCUGGCUUUGUUUCUCUGCUUGAAAUUCAAGUGCCAGAUAGAGGGAACCUAAUGUGUUUAUGAGGGAAGGUCAGUUUUCCCAAGGGAAAGGCGAGGAAGAGAUACUGACUUACUCGUAGACUGCCACUGGGAUCCCUCGUGGAAGAAGGGAAAUGGAUGUUGGGUGGACAACCUUAGAACAUAAACUGUCCUUCAGUGUAGAAAUUUAGAACCUCUUGCCCUGUCCUCUGUGCAAGACUGGCACUGUGGUCCCCAAGGUUCCAUCCCUGCGGUGAGUGGACACCCAGUCUCCAGAGCCAAACCCUGGCUCUGCCACUCACUGAUUGACGCUGAGCAAGUUGCUUAACCUGUCGGUGCCUCAGUUUCCCCAUUUGGGUUAAAGAUAGUGUCACCUACCUCCUAGGGUUGGGAGGAGGACCAAAUGGGUGGGUUCCUUGUGUGUCAUAAGCACUGUAUGUCAGCUAUAAUUAUCAUUAUUUGAACCAGUAGGAUCCAAUCAAUGUGAACUCAGCCAUCCACUGAUCUGGGUUGACUCACUCAUCUGGGCAAGGGAAGGGAGGGAAUGAUGGGCAAGAAGGGAACUUGGAGCCACAGCCCUGCUGAGAGAACUCUGAAGACCAGGAGCGGAUGUCUAAAGGGGUCUCCAGAGGAGCCCUGGUGUGGGCUGUGGGACGGGACACCACUCCAUCCCAAACACCUCCUGCAUGUACUCCCCUCUUUGCAUGCUCCCAGGAGUCUGAUUUGAGAGUUUGCUUUGUGUUUCUUUCUGCAGUUACAGCGCCCACUCAUCUGAGGUCCAGUAACAAGAGUAGCCAUGAGCGCUUCACCCAUGGUACUGCAUUCAAGCUUCGAAACCUGGUGGUGGUGGUGUUACCAAAAGCUCGGCCUCUCUGUACACCAGUGCCGAACCAAAUCCCGGAGACAGAGUUUUGGGCGAAGGACGACUUUCUGCGGCACUACACAGUCUCCGACCCCCGGACCCACCCAAAGGGCUACACAGAGUACAAAGUGACGGCUCAGUUCAUCUCAAAGAGGGACCCGGAGGAUGUCAAAGAGGUGGUGGUCUGGAAGCGGUACAGUGACUUUCGAAAGCUGCAUGGAGACCUGGCCUAUACCCACCGCAACCUCUUCCGCCGCCUGGAGGAGUUCCCUGCCUUCCCCCGUGCCCAGGUGUUUGGCCGGUUUGAAGCCUCGGUGAUCGAGGAGCGGCGAAAGGGGGCCGAGGACUUGCUUCGCUUUACUGUGCACAUCCCCGCACUCAACAACAGCCCCCAACUCAAGGAGUUCUUCCGGGGUGGGGAGGUGACACGGCCCUCCGAGAUGUCCAGAGACGUGCAUAUCCUGCCACCCCCUCUGAUCCCCACACCGCCCCCUGAUGAACCCCGGGUGCAGCCUCAUGAGCCCUGGUUGCCCCAGCCGCUCCCUGCAGAGAGGAGGGGCCUCGAGGAGUUGGAGGUGCCAGGCAUGUCCCCAAUGAUCUAUUCCUCAGUGGACCCCCUGCCAUCCAGCCCUGCCCAGGAGGCCCUGGAUCUCCUCUUUAACUGUGGGAGCACCGAGGAGGCGUCCAGUUCCCCCGGCCGAGGCCCCCUCACCGAGGCUGAGCUUGCCCUCUUUGACCCCUUCUCCAAGGAAGAAGGUGUAGGCCCCAGUCCUACCCACAUGGGUGAGCUGGCAGCACUGGAGGCAGAAUCUGAAAGACUGGACCAGGAACCCUGGGAGCCAGGAGGGCAGGCGGAGGAAGAGGACGAGAAAGGAGGGCCCGCCCCUGCCUAUCUGAGCGAAGCCACAGAGCUCAUCACCCAGGCCCUACGGGAUGAGAAGGCAGGCGCCUACCCUGCAGCUUUGCAGGGUUACCGGGAUGGUGUGCACAUCCUGCUUCAGGGAGUUUCUGGUGACCCAUCACCUGCCCGCCGGGAGGGUGUGAAGAAGAAGGCGGCUGAGUACCUGAAGCGGGCAGAGGAAAUCUUGCACCUGCAUCUGUCCCAGCUCCCACCCUGAGACGGGAGAGGACCCUUUCCCAGGACUCUAGCUCCAGCACUGCCAGCCACCCUCUUCUCCUCUCCCUGGUGCCUGGCCUGAUCUUCUGGUCUUGUAACUCCAGAGGCCAUUUCUGUGUGUAACUGGACCAAGAAUGAGACAAAUAAUGAAUUCUCAGCUCCCUGACCACACCUGCCACCUUGGAAUCAGGGACUCACAAGUCUGAUCCUGCCUAUCUCUAUCUUGAUAUGUGAGCAGCAGCUCUGGUCCCUAGGCUCUUUGUUUAUCCAUCUAGAACCGGGGUCUGCAGACUAUGUCCCGCACCCAAAUAUGGCCCAUUGCCUUUUUUUGUAAGGCCCACAAGCCAGAAGAGUUUUUACUUUUUUUUAAUAGUUGAAAAAAUUCAAAAGAAUAAUAUUCUGUGGCAGGUGAAAAUUACAUGAAAUGUAAGUAUCUAAAAAAUAAAAGUUUAUUGGAACACAA